CGUACAGAAAACGUUGUUUUCUCUUUCUCUGUUUUUUUUUGUUUUUUCCGGGUGGAGUUCAGUUGUUUUCUCGUUCUCAUCUUUCUAUGCGGAAAUAAAAGCACAAGACCUAGAAAUAAUUCGAACGGACGAAACCGACCUUUCCCUCCAUCUCUUCGCUCUGUUUCUUGAUUCCAGAAAGUUGGAAAAAAAUGGCGGAAAGAGUACUGGAUUCCCAUAGCAACACAGCAGCCGUUCAAGCUACAAAUGACGAUGCUUCUGCCAGUAAACUGUCCUGUGUGAAAAAGGGAUACAUGAAAGAUGACUACAUCCACUUGUUUGUGAGAAGACCUGUGAGGAGAUCCCCAAUAAUAAACCGUGGUUACUAUGCUCGUUGGGCUGCUCUUCGGAAGCUUCUCCUUCAGUUCCUCUCUUUCGAAAGGCAUUCAGGUGAAAAAGGGCAUUUGAAAAAGCAGAUAUUGUCCCUCGGAGCUGGCUUUGAUACCACCUUUUUCCAGUUGCAGGAUGAAGGGAAUGCACCAUAUUUGUAUGUGGAAUUGGAUUUUAAGGAGGUGACUAGUAAGAAGGCUGCUCUUAUAGACACUUGCAAUCAGUUGAGGGAUAAAAUUGGGUCUACUGCAUUCAUUUCACGGGAGAAAGGUGAAGUACUAAGUGAUAAUUACAAACUGCUUCCUGUUGAUUUGCGUGACAUACAAAAGUUGGAUGAUGCCAUAGCUCAGGCUCAAUUAGAUCCAAGCUUGCCAACAUUUAUAAUUGCAGAGUGCGUUCUAAUAUACUUGGAUCCAGAUUCAAGCUGUGCUAUAGUUGGUUGGGCUUCGAAGACAUUCUCUACUGCAAUAUUUUUUUUAUAUGAACAGAUUCAUCCUGAUGAUGCUUUUGGGCAGCAAAUGAUCAGAAAUUUGGAGAGUCGAGGCUGUGCACUUUUGGGAAUAAAUGCUACACCUACUUUAUUAGCCAAGGAAAAACUCUUUCUUGACCAAGGAUGGCAGAAAGCUAUUGCUUGGGACAUGCUGAGGGUUUAUAGUAACUUUAUUGAUGCUCAAGAGAGGCACAGGAUUGAACGACUCGAGUUAUUUGAUGAAUUCGAAGAGUGGCACAUGAUGCAGGAACAUUAUUGCGUGGCUUGUGCAAUCAACGACGCCAUGGGGUUGUUCGAUGGCUACGGGUUUCCAACCGAUGAUGAUCCCCGAGAAGACAUGUCGACGUCGGGAACUUCACCAUGAGGCGUGAACAGAAGCCGAAAAGCAUUUUGUAGAAGGGCGUGUGUCGGAGUCAGACGGCAAUUCGGCAAAGCAUAUCCUUUCUUGGACAGCUGUUUUGUUUGGCAAAAAGGAUGGACCCCACCCUCCAGUCCUCCACCGUAUUUCCCCACAGGUAGUUAGUGGAUGUGUGGGGUUUCCGCUUUUAUGUGACCUUUUAUCGCUUCCAUUCGAUGUAAGUUGACUAUAAUGCCAUUUCAUUUGUUGAUUGAUAUUGGUGGUCAUUGUCAUGCUCCGAGCCGGUGGAUGCGUACUGUGAAAGAGUAUUCUGUUAUGCACUCAUGUCCCUUUAUAACUUGAUGAAAUUACCCCUUACCCCCGCCCCCAACAAUUUCUGUAAAUUAAGGAAUUUCAAGGUCAAAUAUUAAAAAUUAUAAAUAUUUAAAAGCAUACAAUGGAUAUGGAUUGACCUAUUGGUUGGUA